CAAUUUUCAACCUGAGUGUAUGCCGAAACCGACAAAUACAAAGGCACCCUCACCGGAGAGUCUCGCACCAUCAAACGGAUUCCUGAUGCAACUUUCGGUCUCUCGAUGAUCCCAACGGGCUCUCCUGAGUCCCAACCUGCUUUCGGUCUCGAUAAACAGCUGUGCGAAGACCAGCUCAACUUACUUUAUGCCGAAUUUGGAUUUGCUGUAGACCCCCGAAUGGAUCGUGAUGAUACCAGCCUCAUAUUCCCGUGGGGCGUGUACGAGGCCAAAGGAUGGGCAGGAGACUGUAGAGAGGCACGAAGUCAAGCGCUCGCUGCCGGAGCUGCGUAUCUUGAUAUGCUAGACUGUCUGGCUCGUACACCUGACUCAAGUGGCUAUCCUACGGCCUACCAAACACAUGAAAGCCGCAAUUUCCAAGUAUUCGCUCUAACCUCAUAUGGCGCUCAGUGGCAUAUUAAUGUGGGAUACCGACGACCUCGAGAGAAAGUAGAUACUGAAUGUGCUGAUUGGGUCCACCCGGUUCACGUUGAAAAUGGGCGAGUGAGCGACUACGUAUACAUCUUCCAAAGAGUCUGGAGCGGCCGCGUCGUCAACCAAAAGCGAGCGUACGAGCUUCUGACAUUAAUUGACCAGAUCCAAGAUUGGGCUACGCAUAAACACCGAGACUUCGUAACUCGUCACUUGGUGCCAUGGACCCGAUUAGGCAGGAGAUGGCAAAUUGACCGAGUUUGGACAUUUGAUCCAGACGACGAGCGCUCAAGUCGCCAGAGAGUGUACAGUGAGGACCCUCAGGGAGAGGCAAGGCGAAGAUCUAGCCACAGAAGCUCGAUGAACAUUAAUUUCCUUCUUGCCAAAUACAAGGGCUUGAACCAAGCUACACGCUUCAAACUACAAGCUAAGGCGGAUAGAAUAUACGAUAGAAGAGGUGGGCAUGGAAUUGAUAUGAAGCAGAGGUGGAAGUUGCUAAAGAAAAUGAUCCGUCAAGAAGCACACCGCCGAUGUAAUAGCCCGUAUAGGGCCCGCGGUCGUGAUUGAUCGAUGGUGCUUCUUUGCGAGAGUUCACCUGGAACACUCGAAUGAAUUCACUCAGCUUUUGAAGCUCGACAGAGGUCGUCUUCACGUUUCCGUUUUGAGAGCACUGCAAAAUCCGAGUCUGUAUUCGCUCUCAAGGUAGAUUUCUCUUAGGUUCAUCCAGCCAAUAUUGCAGGCAUGUAUCUUCCCGAACACUUUAUAUGGGCAAUGCCCAGGAAACGCUCAUUAAAAAAGCUCGAUAUGGCACAAAAAGUAGCAAUGGUCCCUUCGAAUGUUGCUGAGAGGAUGUCCUCACUAUAUAUCACGUGACAUCUUUCACCUCUGCAAUGAGUAUAUACUGCGGGAUAUCCUUACACUAUCAACGACGAC